GAUCACCUCAGCAGCCCCCACCACGGCCGGACCGAAGGUGCGGCGGCGGAGGGGAGCCAGGGCGCCCCAGCAGGUUUCCAGUAAUUAUCUGCAGGAUUCGCCAUGACCCCAGCUCUGAGGGAGGCAGCAACAAAGGGUAUCUGCUUUUCAUCUAUAUCAAGUACCAUGGAGUCCGACAAGAUGCUAUGCAUGGAAAGUGCAAGAACUGUAGAUGAAAAGCUCAAGGGAGACACUUUGUCUCAGAUGCUGGGAUUUCCAACUCCUGAACCUACUCUUAACACUAACUUUGUGAAUUUAAAACAUUUUGGCUCCUCUCAGUCUUCAAAACAUUAUCAGACCGUUCUUUUAAUGAGCUCUCAUUCUGCAUUAAAUAAAUACAGUGAGAGUCACAAACAAAAGAAAUUAGGGGAACCCAACUGCAAUAAGCUGAAAAACAUACUGUGUAACGGCAGCAACAUUCAGCUUAGUAAAAUCUGUCAUUCUCAUUCUGAAGAGUUCAUCAAAAAGGAACUGCUCUCAGAUACCACAAGCCAGGGCAUGACAGAUGUACAAAUUAUUUUGGAUUCCAAUAUAACCAAAGACACUAAUGUAGAGAAAGUACAACUGCAAAACUGCAAAUGGUACCAAAAGAGUGCACUUUUGGAUAAAGUUACUGAUGCUGAAAUUAAAAAGGGUUUAUUGCACUGUGCUCAAAAGAAAAUUGGGCCUGGCCACUCCAAUGUGCCUAUUAGUCUCUCAGUUGCUGAAAAAGAGGAGGAAGUCAACGCUCGUUUACUUCAUUGUGUAAGUAAACAGAAAAUUUUACUUAGCCAGGCUAGAAGAACUCAGAAACAUUUGCAGAUGCUUCUGGCAAAGCAUGUUGUUAAGCACUAUGGUCAACAAAUGAAAUUUUCUCUGAAACAUCAACUCCCCCAAAUGAAGAUCUUUCAUGAACCGACCACAGUUUUGGAUAGCAGUUUACCUAAUUGCACUGAAAUUAAUCCAGAAGUCAGCAUGUUGACUGCAGAGAAUAAGUUGUGGAGGGAUACGAAAAAUGGCUUUGCUCGGUGUACAGCUGCAGAAAUCCAAAGAUUUGCACUGUCUGCUACAGGGCUGUUGUCUCAUGUUGAAGAAGGUCUGGAUUCUGAUGCAACUGAUAGCAGCUCUGAUGACGAUUUGGAUGAGUAUACCAUUAGAAAAAAUGUGGCCGUUAACUGUAGCACUGAAUGGAAGUGGCUUGUAGACAGAGCGAGAGUUGGCAGUCGAUGGACAUGGCUUCAAGCCCAGAUUUCAGAACUGGAGUACAAAAUCCAGCAACUAACGGAUGUUCACAGGCAGAUUCGUGCAUCCAAGGGGAUAGUGAUCCUAGAAGAAUGUCAACUUCCAAAAGACAUUUUGAAGAAACAAAUACAAUUUUCUGACCAGGCGGCUUCAUUACAUACUACAGGGAAUCCCCAGAUUCCCCAGGAGAGUCCAGAUCCUUUACCAGAACAAGAUUUUGAAAUGUCACCAAGUAGCCCAACACUUCUUCUUCGCAAUAUAGAAAAGCAGAGUGCACAGUUGACUGAGAUCAUCAACAGUUUGAUUGCCCCUCUCAACUUGUCCCCAACUUCAUCACCCCUAUCCUCCAAAUCCUGUAGCCAUAAAUGUCUGGCUAAUGGAAUUUCCAGGAGUGCUUCAGAGAAUUUAGAUGAGCUCUCUUCCUCCAGUAGCUGGUUACUUAACCAGAAGCACAAUAAGAAAAGGAGAAAAGACAGGACAAGAUUGAAAUCUCCAUCCUUGACUAUCAUGAGUACAGCUGCUCGAACAAGGCCACUUCAGAGUUUCCACAAACGAAAACUCUACCGAUUGAGCCCUACUUUAUAUUGGACUCCACAGACUUUGCCUUCAAAAGAAACGUUUUUAAACACCACACAAAUGCCUUGCUUGCAAUCAGCUUCAACUUGGAGGAGCUGUGAACACAAUUCAGAAUCUCAGAUCUUAAGAGAACAUGUAUCAGAAUUGGACUCCUCUUUCCAUUCUGUCCUAUCAUUGCCAUCAGAUGUGCCUCUUCAUUUUCACUUUGAAACAUUGUUUAAAAAGACUGAAAUAAAAGGAGAUCUUGCUGAAAAUAAAUUUGUAGGAGACUGUGUCAUAUCUCCAUCACCUGUACAUAAUACUUCUCUGAAUCAAUGGAGAAAUGGAUAUUCUCCUACUUGCAAGCCUCAAAUAAGGUCAGAAUCUUCUGCACAGCUGUUCCAGGGAAGAAAGAAAAGACACUUGAGUGAAACAGCAUUAGGAGAAAGAACCAGAUUUGAAGAAUUUGCUUUUCAACGCACAGAACCAGGAUCCCAUAGCAAUUUUACUGCUGUUACUAAUGUCAAUGUUAUAUCAAGAACCCAGAAUUCAUCAUCACAAAAUACUGCACGACGGAGAUUGAGAAGUGAGAGCUCUUACGACAUAGAUAAUAUCGUGAUUCCCAUGUCAUUAGUUGCCCCAGCUAAGUUAGAGAAACUCCAAUACAAGGAAAUACUUACUCCAAGCUGGAGGAUGGCUGUUCUUCAGCCUUUGGAUGAAUACCAUGUAGGUGAAGAGGUAGAAGAUCUUUCUGAUGAAGUCUUCUCCCUAAGACACAAAAAAUACGAAGAGAGAGAGCAAGCCAGAUGGUCACUAUGGGAACAAAGCAAGUGGCAUAGAAGAAACAGCAGAGCCUACAGUAAAAAUGUGGAAGGACAGGACUUGCUUUUGAAAGAGUACCCUAGUGACUUCAGUGGUGGCCAGCACUGUGCUGCUGGAAGUCCUGCUGAGCUCUCUUCAGAGAGCCAGGAUCUUGGUGCACAGGGCUCACCUUCAUUAAAUGAAAGUCAAGAAAUCAAGUCUUUGUGGUGGGAACGACGGACUUUUCCGCUGAAGGACGAAGACACAGAAGCCUUACUAUGCGAGGAUGAAAAGAAGGAUCACAGUGAAAGUCUGAGCCCAGCCUCCCGUGGUGAAGUCUUCUGUCCCAGUGCACCAGAGAACAGUCACCAUCCAAAAAGGCAGGCAGACGAAAUGGAAGAGUACAAACCUUUUGGUCUAGGACUUACUCAUAUUAAAAAAAAUAGGUGACAGGGAACAGGUUUAAAAAAGUAUGUACGUGAAUGGAAAACGGGGGGGAAAAAAAAAAGCCCUGCUUUCCAUCCCCCACCCCCUUCAGUCACAGUUCCAGAGUAAAAGCAUGUACUGCAUGUAUUAAUCUUUUAUGCUGUUAUAAAACAGGCAAGGUAGGUCUUUUUCCUUCUUGAACCACAGGAAUAACUAGCUUUUCACCUACAAGACAAGUGCUAGUCUUUUGUGUUUAUGAUGCAAAUCACAAGCACCAAAAAAUUAACUGCUGCAAUCUGUUGUUAAAUCACAUUACUGGGUAAAUGACUUUUCAAAGACUGUGUGUGUGUGUGUGUGUGUGUGUGUGUACACACACACGCACAUACAUAUACACCUGUGCAUCAAAUGACAACUCUUUUUCCUGUACAUUUCUAUGUAAUUUCUAGGGUGAUUCAUUAAAAUUACCUCAGAAAUAUAUUAUACACAUAUGUGUGUAUAGAGUAUACAUACCUAUAUACACACACAUCAUUUUUAAAAACACUGGCAGUGACCACUCCACUUGAAAAUGCAUGCAUGAACUACCCCAUGAAAUGUAAGCUGUACUCUAAACAAAGCAGAGGUUCCAGUGAUAAUGGAUAUCUAAAAGUCUUGGUUAUGGGGAGAUAAGUUUUUAAAAAACACGUUUAACCAGUAGAAGUUAUUUAUGGAAAUUUCUAUACAAGAUAACACAAUAUGCCUUUAUCUAAAAUCACUGUUAUCUGUUAGACUAAGGGUUACUUUCCAUUCGCUCCUAACAGAUUAAGACAAGCAAAGUACAGUUAAAUAUUGGUCUCUUUUAAAACCUGAAUUUUAUCUAUUUUAUGUAUCUCAUGGAGAGAAGACACCAACUUAAAAUAAGCAACAGGAAAGUCCUAUCAGUAUAUAACAGUAUAAAAAACUGUUGUAUUUCUAGUUAAUUUGGUUUUUCCUUACUCUAGCUCACUCAAUUCAAAUAAGCAUCUAUUCUUACUUGUAUCCUAGAGUGAGAAAAUUUUUCAAAGGAUAACGCUUCAAUACUGAAUACAGGAGUGUAUGUUAAGGAAAGUUCCUUUUGAAGCUAUCACAUAACUUUCUCUAUGUAAAAGCUGAGGCAGUUUCUCUCAUAUAAAAAAAAAAAAAAGGUUAUUCAAGUUAUAAUACCCAUAGAACUGACAAUCCUGACCAUCUGGCCUAGUCGGGGGGGGAUUUGACACUAAGUUUUUUGUUAGGGAUUGGAAAUUAUACUAGUCCCUUUAAGGAAGAAAAAAAAUGCAAAUUCAAUACUGACAAAUUUUUGCUGUAGUUUUACUGUACAUUUAUUUUUAAAAAAAGGAAACAAAAGCCAGACAAACCGAAGUUGUCUAGGCAAAUAAGCUCAAAUCUUUGUCAUGUCCGACAUUAUAAUCUUCUAUGUAAGUUUUUUAAUUAAAGUUAUUUCUAUAUGCCUCGUGUGGUCUGAUUUGAUUAAACGCCACCUAUUCACGGCACAAACCUUUCCUAAGUCAAAAUAAAAGGACAAAUUUUUACCUUGUAGGAUAGAAAAAACCAAGGAAGCUCUCAUGUGGAAGUGUUAAUGUUCUCAUUUUGCCUUAUUUCUUAAAACUCACAGUAGCCUAAAGAAGUUUAAUGAUACUAGUCACCUGUUUCCUUCCUGCCAUACGUAUUAUAUAGCAAGAGUGUUGGCAAGAAUGAAGUAACAGAUAACAUAUUUGUGGUCAAAGUAUAAUCGGGGACACAGUUUUAAGUAUUUAGUGUACGGAUUAACUCUGUACCUUGUCAUCUUUUGGCCUACCUCGUCUUUGCUGGAUUAAUACAAUAUAUAUCCUUGGGGUCAAAUCCAUAGUAUCCAGAAUAUCCUCAGCCAUCUGGUUCUGCUUUAGCGUAAAAUUAGACUGCAAAUAAGACAAUGUUACAAUAAAGAGACUUCCUUUGCCUAUC